AGCGUGAGCGACGAAAUGCAGAAAAAUGCACGCUUUGGUGAACGCCUUCCUGCGCUGCGUGUCCUUCCUCCUGCCUCCCUCCUGGCCGUGCGUGAGCCGCUGCGCCUGGGCCGGGAGGAGUGAGCGGCCCAAUCCCAGAGCUCGGCUCAGAGGCGGAGAAAAGCCUCUUACAUAUGAGGAAGUGUCGGCGGAGGAGGCGGCAGACGCGGCAGACGCGCAGCGACGCUCCAGCAGCAGCAGCGCGUCAGUGUCUCCGCGGCCAGGCUGCGUCUCGCCGGCUGCUGCUGCCGCCAACCCCGCGGAGCCGCCGGCUGGGCUGUGGAUCGGGGGUGCGUGGAUCGGGGGUGCGUGGCGGUGCGUGGAGCGCGUCCUCGCCGCCCCCUGGCUCUUCCUGCGCGGCCGCUGCGGCCCGAAGGCGCGGCGAGCGGCGGCGGCGCGCACCGCCCUCGACGCCGGCCGGAGCGCACGCUCCGGGGAGGAAGGAGGGGGGGACUGGCCGGAGCCUCCGGAGGGACCGAGCCGGAGCCGGAGCACCUCCAUGAUGAGCGGGUCCGCGGGGAGCCCCGGGGAGGAGCCGGAGCCGGAGGAGCCGGGCACCGAGCAGGUGAUGGCCGUGGAGCAGCAGCUUGAGGUGAUGGGAACCGUCACCAUCACCGUGGCCAUCCAGGCGGCGGAGGAGGACGACGACCCGGAGGAGGACCGCUGCUCCUCCGGGCUCAUGGACCUCCUGGGGGCCAGCUGCAGCGAGGACGAGGUCGGGAGGCACGACAAGUCGAGCGGCGCAGGCACCAGCGGAGGGGAGGUGGAGGAGGAGAGCUGGCAGCCCCCGGACACGGAGCUCAGCCAGAAGCUGGUCUCUCAGAUUGAGUACUACAUGUCGGACGAGAACUUGGAGCACGACGCCUUCUUGCUCAAACAUGUCCGGCGCAAUAAGCUCGGCUUCGUCAGCGUCAAGCUGCUCACCUCCUUCAAAAAGGUGAAGCACCUGACUCGCGACUGGAGGACGACGUCUCACGCUCUGAAGAACUCAAAGAUCCUGGAGCUGAACGACGAGGGCCGUAAGGUGCGGCGCAAGUCUAUGGUGCCGGUCUUCGCCAGCGAGUCGCUGCCCAGCCGCAUGCUGCUGCUGAGCGACCUGCAGCGCUGGCCCGAGCUGGCCGCCCUCACCCAGGACAACGGCCCCGGAGACGGAGGCGCCACCCAGCAGGAGCAGCUGAUGAAGCUGCUGCUGAAGGCCUUCGGGACGUACGGCACCAUCGCCUCGGUGCGGGUCCUCAAGCCGGGGAAGGACCUGCCGGCCGACCUGAAGCGGCUGAGCGGCCGCUACCCGCAGCUGGGCGUGGAGGAAUGCGCCAUCGUGGAGUUCGAGGAGGUGGAGGCGGCCGUGAAGGCCAACGAGGCGGUGGGGAGCGAGGACGGAGGGACCAGUUCGCUCGGGCUGAAAGUGGUCCUGAUCGGAACCAAGCCGCCCAAGAAGAAGGUGCCCAAGGAGCGGCCGCGCGAGGAGGGCGGGAUGCGCAAGAGCCGCUCCCUCAACAGCCGGGUGCGGGAGCUGCAGUACCACGGCGACGACUCGGCCUGCAGCUCCUCGGACACGGAGAGCAACCCCACGUCGCCCAGGCUGGCCCGCAAGUCCCAGUCCUGCAACAAGCUGAGCCCGACCACGGCGGGCAUCGGCUUCCAGAACAAUCACCUGAGCCCCGGCAUGUCGCCGCGCAACAGCCCCUGGUCCAGCCCGCGGGCCAGCCCCUGCACCCAGCGCAAGUCCCCGCACCCCCACAAGUCCCCCCUGGCCAGCGAGGGCCGACUGAGCCCCGAGCCGGGCCGGCGCUGGGCCGACUACUCCUCGGACAGCAGCCUGACGCCGUCGGGGAGCCCGUGGGUGCAGCGCCGCAAGCAGGUGGCGUCCCAGGAGAGCAGCCCGGUCGGCAGCCCCAUGCUGGGCCGCAAGAUCCAGAACGCCGACGGGCUGCCGCCGGGCGUGACCCGGCUGCCGCGGGGGCCCGACGGCACGCGCGGCUUCCACGGGGUCGCCGUGGCCGAGAGGGGCAAGUCGGCUGCCACCCAGACUUGACGCCCCCCAGAUCUGAAAGGAUGUACAGGAACCUCGAGCCCCCCCCCCUCCAUCCUCCGACGUGAGACGGUGUAGAUAUAUUUUUGUCGAGUGUAUCAGUUUUCAGUCUUUUGUUAUAUUUUUAUACAACAUUUUUUGCGUUACCAUGGUAACAUUAGGGGGGAAUUUAAACUAACUGGGAAAAUUUUGAGUGAAUGUAAAAACUGAUCACGGCUUUUUUUGAGAGAGAGAGAGAGAAAACCACAUGCACCAAUGUGAAAGUGGACCAUGUUGCCUCCUUGUACCUCCUGAACUUGUUCCAGCUUUGGGCGAGCCGGUGAAGCAACUUCACCUCCAAGUGUCCUGUCUGCUGCGUAAAAGCUCGCCGUCAUCGUCUGGUGUAUAACAUGUGAGUGGCGUAGGCACACGGGCUCAAUAGCAGUAUCGCCAUCUGCCUUCUCGGUGUCUCGUGUGAGUUUCCACAUGCCGUUCAAACUGCGGCCGGAAUCGCGCCGUUGCCAUAAAGGUUGGACAUUCUGCUUCUGAGUUUUUAUUUUAGUUUUCAGUAUGCUUUGGCGUUUGGUAAGGGUCUGGUCAGGCCCCGUGUUUAUUUGGCAUGUAGCUGCGUUAUUUAUUUUUUUAAGCCUUUUUGUUUUCUUUUAUUUGUAUUUCCUUUCCUUGACAUGUUCUCAUUGGAAGCUCUCACAGUGAGGUUUGAGGGAUGUUCAGGUCGGGCAGAACAGUCCUGCCUUUACAUCUGAGCUGGGGUAUUUGUACCUUAAAGACCUAUUGUACGAAUAAAUCACUGAAACUGCAA